GUAAAUAGGCAGAAGAGAGCUCAAUUUCGAAAUAAUCAUGUACAGUGAAAUCCGUCGAGCUCCUAUUUACUGUACUCGCUUUCGGCACUUCGUGUCACAUCGGCACAAGGACGCACGAAGCAUAUCGACUCCAGUGAAAAUGAGGAUGGUGGGAUUGACCGGUGGAAUAGCGUCGGGGAAGAGUACAGUCUCCAAUCUUUUCAAAUCCCAUGGAGUUCCCGUCGUUGACGCCGAUCUCGUUUCUCGGGAUGUUCUAAAGAAAGACACUGAUGGCUAUAAUAAGGUUGUUGCAGCAUUUGGAGAGGAAAUCUUAGAAGCCAAUGGGGAUGUGGAUAGGCCAAAACUGGGCCAGAUAGUCUUCUCUGAUCCUGCAAAACGUCAACUUCUUAAUCGGCUUUUGGCUCCUUAUAUUUCUUCUGGUAUCUUCCGUGAAAUUUUGAAGCUGUGGUUGAAGGGAUGUAAGGUAAUUGUCCUUGACAUCCCAUUGCUAUUUGAGGCCAAGAUGGAUAAGUGGACAAAGCCUAUUGUUGUUGUGUGGGUUGAUAGUGAAACACAGCUUCAGCGGCUCAUGAAAAGAGAUGGAUCCAUUGAGGAGGAUGCCAGAAAUAGGAUAAAUGCUCAGAUGUCCAUGGAUUUGAAAAGGUCCAAGGCUGACAUUGUCAUUGAUAACACUGGCUCAUUAGAGGACUUGGAGGAACAAUUCCAGAGAGUAUUACUCAAGGUCACUAAGCCCCUGACAUGGUCUGAAUUCUGGCUUUCAAGACAAGGUGCCUUGACAGCCCUUGUUUUUAUUGGAAUUGCAGUUGUUUUUGGAAAAAAUAUUAGCGGGAUACUAUAAACAAAAAUGUUUAGUUUUCAGAACUUCGUAUCAUGUCCUGCUUCUUGUUUUGGUAAUAAAAGGGGGGCACUGCACCAACUACAAAAGAAAGAAGGCCUGGGAUUCAUUGAGAGGAAAUGCUGAACAUGGAUCCUCCCUAUGCGAAGAAAGAGUGAAACUUGCGAGAUCCGUGGCUUGGUUCCCUUAGCUCUGCUUGGAGAAGCACCAUUCAUCUGCAGAACACCAGGGCUUGUUUUCUCCUUCCUUCUCAAGCUAGUUAUACUUGUAAUUUUCAUUCACUCAUGGAACCUUGUGUACUGUGAAUGAGCUCCCUCAAUUGUAAUAAUUUCAACUUUGUAAAAUUGGUUGCUUGAUCAUCAUUCAAGUUUCUAGAUAAUGAAUUUUAUAUCAUAAAUUGGUAAAAA